AAAAGGGUUUGUGUAGUGGAUUUCAUUUCUACAUCCACGUACGUCUCUUGACAUCAUCAGUUCCAACUUAGUUUUCUGGGAGAAAAUGAAGCUUUUAGGGUUAAUAUUUGUAUUUAUUUACGGUAUUUUACUUAUACAACAGACAGAUGGACAGCGCAGCCGUAAGGAGGGUGGACAAACGUCUUCUCUUAAUGAAAGGGUGCAGCAGUUGAUAGAAAUGUCUAACAAGCGUUCAUUAAUGCGCUUUAAUGGAAACAAAUUUAGGGAUUUUGUGAAGGCAACUCCUCGGAACUAUUCUGUUGUAGUUAUGUUCACUGCGUUGGCUCCACAACGCCAGUGUUCAAUUUGCAGACAUGCUCAUGAUGAGUUCCACAUCCUGGCUAAUUCAUUUCGCUAUGCUCAUAUGACUUCAAGCCGCUUAUUCUUUGCAAUGGUAGAUUUCGAUGAAGGCUCAGACAUCUUCCAAAUGAUGCGUCUCAACACCGCCCCAGUGUUUAUUCAUUUUCCUCCCAAAGGCAAACCAAAAGCAGCAGACACACUUGACAUUCAGCGAGUAGGAUUUAGUGCUGAUGCUAUUGGAAAGUGGAUUUCAGAGAGGACAGAUGUUGCUAUACGUAUCUUCCGUCCGCCCAAUUAUUCAGGAACUAUGGCUUGCGUCCUAUUAAUCGUUCUUGUUGCAACUUUCUUCUAUGUCAGACGAAACAACCUUGACUUUAUGUACAAUAAAACAGGAUGGGGUCUGAUGGCUUUGCUGUUCUGCUUUACUAUGGUCUCUGGUCAAAUGUGGAAUCACAUUAGAGGACCACCAUUUGUGCACAAGACAUCCUCUGGGGGUGUAGCCUACAUUCAUGGGUCGUCCCAGGGACAAUUUGUUCUUGAAACAUAUAUCGUCUUCUUCUUAAAUGCUGCUGUUACCUUAGGCAUGAUUUUAAUAACUGAAGGAGCAGCUAACCGUGGCGACGUUAAGAAGAGACGUAUUGUUGUUAUCCUUGGGCUUGGUCUCUUUGUUGUUUUCUUCAGUCUUAUUCUAUCAAUAUUCAGAGGCAAAGCACAUGGUUACCCUUACAGCUUCCUUUUCAAGUAAUUAUACAAGCCAUGUGAACUGAUGAAAAUAUAAAUGUUGAAGAUAUUUUGCCAAGGACAUGUGCAAUUUUACUGUAUGAACUUACCUAGUUUUGAAUUUUGUAAUCUUGUUAGGUAGAU